CACCACCAGGGAUGCUUUUGAGAUCAUAUUAGAAAGCGCAGGUAUAGGAAUGACUUAAAAGUUAGAGAUCUCCCGGGACCCUGCAGUGGGUGGGGCUGGAACAAGGCAGAAAAGGCCGGUCCAAGUCUCUAAUGCCAGAGAAUCAGAAAGUAUUAGGAGCACACGGAGCCCCUGGAAAACAGAGAUAUUGCCCUAGGCGGGAUCUGCAUCUAGGAUUAAAGCCCAGGGUCAAGGUCUUACUAGUGGUGAUUCAGAGAAGUGUCCCCUCUAAGAAGGUGAGAUGAGAUCUGUUGGGAGCAGCGCUCUGGUGGGCAAGCUGGGUCUAUGGGCUAUAAGAUCCCUGUGGGAGGUGGGGGGAGAAGCCUCCACAUUUGGAGUUCAAGGAUACUAGUGGCCAGAUGGUGAGCCUCAGGGAGGGGAGGUCUGGGAUCCUGUACCAUUGGGGCAGUAACUGGGGCAGGGCUGAACUCAGGUAUCCAAGAGAGCUGAGCUCAUAGGCCCUGGACUCAGGGGGCUGGUGUAGACUGGUGGAUUAGGAAACUAUGGGGGAGUCUGUGGGAAUGGGGCUACAGCCCUGAAGGAGGGCAGAGGACCUGAGACAGACAAGACAGCGCAAGGGUCCCCUCCAUUCAACCAGUUUGCCUUUCUCCUUCCAUCCUCAGGAAGCCAUCUCCCCAACUCAGGGAUGUCAGGCUGAAGGAGACUGUGAAACUCUGCAAGGCCACAAACGUGGGGUGAGAGGAGACCUAGGAAGGGACCCCUGGCAGCCACGCCACCCGGGACGGUGUGGGACAUGAGCGCCAUCACCCCGCAGCGGCCCGCAGCUGGACAUCUCCGAGCAGCCUGGCCCAGGAAGCUCAAGACAGCCACCAUGAGAUUCUGGGCCACCUGCCCUUCCUCGUCCACCCUCUCCUUCCUCUUUGUCAUCUUCGCGGUGUCCACUGUUUUCCAUUGCCACCGGCGCCUGGCCCUGGUGCCCACCCCUUGGGCCUAUGCAGGUCGAGUGGUCUUGUUCCCCAGACACCUGCGUGGGGGCCUGUUCACCAUCAAUGCCAUAGGCCGCCUGGGGAAUCAGAUGGGAGAGUACGCCACCCUGUACGCCCUGGCCAAGAUGAACGGGCGCGCCGCCUUCAUCCCGCCCCAGAUGCACAGCACGCUGGCCCCCAUCUUCCGAAUCACACUCCCGGUCCUGCACGACGCCACGGCCAGGAGCAUCCCCUGGGGGAACUAUUAUCUGAGGGACUGGAUGGAGGAGCAGUACCGCCACAUCCCCGGGGAGUACGUGCGCCUCACUGGCUACCCCUGCUCCUGGACCUUCUACCACCACCUCCGCGCCGAGAUCCUCCAGGAGUUCACCCUGCACGCCCACGUGCGUGAGGAGGCCCAGAACUUCCUGCGGGGUCUGCGGGUGAAUGGCAGCCGGCCGAGCACCUACGUGGGGGUCCACGUGCGCCGAGGGGACUACGUCCAUGUUAUGCCCAACGUGUGGAAGGGUGUGCUGGCCGACCGGGGCUACCUGCAGCAGGCCCUGGACUGGUUCCGCGCUCGCCACCGCAGCCCUCUCUUCGUGGUCACCAGCGACGACAUGGCCUGGUGCCGGAGGAACAUCAACAGCUCCCACCAGGACGUGGUGUUUGCAGGCAACGGCCGGCAGGGCUCACCAGCCAGGGACUUUGCGCUCCUCACACAGUGUAACCAUACCAUCAUCACCGUGGGCACCUUCGGCAUCUGGGCCGCCUACCUCACCGGGGGGAACACUGUCUACCUGGCCAACUUCACCCUGCCCGGCUCCCGAUUCCGCAUGGUCUUUAAGCCCCAGGCGGCCUUCCUGCCCGAGUGGGUGGGCAUUGCAGCCAACCUGGGGCAGGCCAGAGGGAGCCACCCCUAGCCCCGCUCGGGUCCCUGCCGCCCCAUCGGGCCCAACAGGCUUAGACACCCAAGUCUAAAUCCAGGCUGUUCAGCUUCCCAACUGGGUGACCAUGGACAAGUGACUUAAUCUCUCUGUGCCUUAGUGUUCUACCUGAGAAACGAACCUAACGCAGGCUCCUUCUGAGAACAGGAGUUCGUGUAGUUCCUUGGAAACAGGUGUGAGGGUUGGCCACUCACAGGUUUGUGAUUGGCAGGCCUGGACCUUUGGACUGCCUUGCAGUGGACACGUAUUUUUGCCCUCUCCUUCUUUAUAGCUCCAGGAGCGUGGAGCCCAAAUAUUUGGUGCUUGCCUCCUUGGAGGGUUUGGCAAUGAAACUCUUUCUGCCCUCAGUUGGGGUGUUUGAGGCAGAUAAAGAAUUCAGGCUUUGGGUUUGAUGGGGCCUUGUUUCAUGAAAGAAUGGGAAAGAAAAUAGGAUUUGAGAGGGAAGAUCUCGGGGAGAUAACCUUGGCAAGGAGGGGGAAUCCCGAGAAGUGAGGAUGGGGCGUCGGAGGGCCUCUCAGAGAUGGCAGGACUCAACCCCAGGCCUGGCCGGCAGCAGCAAAGACACCCCAAGUCCGUAGGUGAUGGAAUCAGCAGGUUGGCCACGGAGGGGCGGGGCCAUGGACUGUGCCAUGGCCACGUCCACUGUGUGGGCAGGCGACUGACACCGUGGCAAUGCCCGUGCCUGCAGGACCUCAUGUGGAACCCUAAUGUGGACUUAAGUUGGAUUAAGUGAUUAAAAUACUGAUUUUCAUGUG